AUGGACACCGUCAAGAACGCCGCAAACUACGUCUCCGAGUCCAUCCAGGGCACCGGUGCUGAGGCCUCCAAGGAGACCAACAAGCAAGUCGCCAAGGAUGACGAUGCCAAGCUGAGCACUCGUGCCUCUGCUGCCAAGGACGCCAUUAUUGACAAGAAGGACGAGAAGUCCCACGAUGUCAAGGCCGAUCUCAACAAGGAGCAGGCUAAGCACUGA